AUGACGGUCACGGAAGCAGUAAAGGAACAAUUCCUCGGCUCCUCGGAGCAGCAGCUCUCAUUGCAGGCGCGCUCCACCUUCAAUCGCCAUGCGCAGAAGGAUGAGGAGGGAGAGCUGUUCAUGAACGAGGAGGACUUCAUCAACGCGGUGGCUCCCAAGCAAGAGGACUACCACAAGAUCAAGCGCGAGCAGUAUGGAAUUCUCUUCAACGUGGCAGAUCGGCGAAGGACUGGCAAGCUGAACAUCGCGGAUUGGGCCUCCUUCGAAAACCUCCUCGCCAAGCCCGACGCCGAGUACGAGAUCGCCUUCCGUCUCUUCGACUUCGAUGGCACCGGUAGUGUCAAGUUCGAUACCGUGCAGGGACUGUACAACCUCAACAAGAGUGCCGACAGCAUUCCCUUCGACUGGAACUCAGAAUGGGCGUCGCUGUACGGCGGUCGCUCCAAGACCCGCCACGACAUGACAUACCCCCAAUUCGCACAGAUGCUCCGCGGCCUCCAGGGUGAGCGCAUCCGUCAGGCCUUCCACAUUUUCGACAAGGAUGGCGAUGGCUUCAUUCAGCCAGAGGAUUUCCAGCGCAUCAUCCUGGAAACCUCAAAACACAAGCUUUCCGAUCACGUCCUGGAGAACCUCCCCACGCUGUGCAACAUCUCCACCAGCAACCACAUCUCCUACGCCAAUGUCCGGGCGUUCCAGAACGUGAUGCACGAAAUGGACAUCAUCGACAUGGUGGUCCGCGAGGCGACCAAGAAAAGCUCGGACGGCAAGAUCACCCGCUCGGACUUCUUGAAUGAGGCGGCGCGUCUUACGCGUUUCUCUCUCUUCACCCCCAUGGAAGCGGACAUCCUCUUCCAUUUCGCCGGGCUGGAUGCUCCCUCGGGCCGUCUCUCCCAGAAGGACUUCGCCAAGGUCAUUGACGCCUCAUGGCGCAUCCCGGUCGCCGCGGCGCGCCAGGCAGUGACUGCCGGUGAGGAGGUGGCUCAGAAGACCAAGGGUUUGCUGCACAAUGUGUUGGAGUCGGUCCACCACUUCGCCCUGGGCAGUAUCGCCGGUGCCUUCGGUGCCUUCAUGGUCUACCCCAUCGAUCUGGUUAAGACCCGUCUGCAGAACCAGCGUUCCUCGCGCCCCGGUGAGAGACUGUACAACAACUCCAUCGAUUGCGCCCGCAAGGUCAUCCGCAACGAGGGUUUCACCGGUCUCUACUCUGGUGUCAUCCCUCAGCUGAUCGGUGUGGCGCCUGAAAAGGCCAUCAAGCUGACAGUGAACGAUCUCGUCCGUGGUUACUUCACGGACAAGGAUACCAAGCGCAUCAAGUACCUCCACGAGGUCAUUUCGGGUGGUACGGCAGGUGCCUGCCAGGUUGUCUUCACCAACCCCCUCGAAAUCGUCAAAAUUCGUCUGCAGGUGCAGGGUGAGAUCGCCAAGAACGUCGAGGGCGCCCCCCGUCGCUCGGCUCUGUGGAUUGUCAAGAACCUGGGUCUGGUCGGUCUGUACAAGGGCGCCAGCGCCUGUUUGCUGCGUGAUGUCCCCUUCUCCGCCAUUUACUUCCCCGCAUACGCUCAUCUGAAGUCCGACUUCUUCGGAGAGACCGCAACCAACAAGCUCGGUGUCGUCCAGCUCCUCACCGCCGGUGCCAUCGCCGGUAUGCCCGCCGCCUACCUCACCACCCCCUGCGACGUGAUCAAGACCCGUCUCCAGGUCGAAGCUCGCAAGGGUGACACCAAGUACAACGGUCUUCGUCACUGUGCCACCACAGUGUGGAAGGAAGAAGGUCUCGCCGCCUUCUUCAAGGGCGGCCCCGCCCGCAUCAUGCGUUCCUCCCCGCAGUUCGGUUUCACCCUCGCCGCCUACGAAGUCCUGCAGAAGGCCCUUCCCAUGCCCGGUGAAGGCGACGCCAUCACGCCCACCGGCCACAUUGAGCCCGCUGUCGGUGGCCAGGGUGCCAAGGCCCCUCUGCCUUACCUCCGGUCAAGGAAUGCUCUUAAGCUGAUCCUCGAUCUGGACCAGAACAUCGGCCGGGUGCAGGUCCCGCGGCCUGAAAACUGGCCCAAGCUCUUGCAGAGUUCGAAAUAG